AUGAAAGAAACGGACCUUAAAGGUAGCAUUUAUAAUCGCUACAAAAAUCCAUACUGCCCCAUUUUCCGUUUGGGAGACAUCGUGAGUGAGGCCAAGGAAAAGUUUUCAGAGAUAGCAGUGGAGGGUGGUGUGAUCGGGAUCCAGAUCAACUGGGACUGUGACCUGAACCACAUCUUUCACAGCUGUCUGCCCAAAUACUCAUUCCGCCGCUUGGACGAAAAAGAAAGCAACCGAACCUUGUACCCUGGGCUCAAUUUCAGGUUUGCAAGAUACUCUAUUGUGAAUGGUGAGCAGCAGCGAACGCUCUUUAAAAUGUAUGGGAUUAGGUUUGAUGUGAUGGUGUUUGGGAAGGCUGGAAAGUUCAGCAUCAUUCAGCUAAUCAUCUACAUUGGAUCUACGCUCUCAUAUUAUGCUCUUGUGAGUAACCCUUAAACCCUCAGCAAGUCGGAAAAGUGUCUGAAGUAAUGAAAUGUUUACCAUCGAAUUUGUC